UUUUCCACGCUCUGUUUCAUCUUUUCGGUUUUCACAGCCCUUCCUCCACCUCAUCCAAAUUUCAACAGAACUCGAGCUCGGCCAUGCUUUCUUGCCAAAUAGAAACGGAGAUGGAUUUGAACUCAGAAACCAACUUGGAGAUGGGAAUAUACAUGGGUCUUCAACGAGUAGUCCCACAAAGCUUAAAGCUUGAAACUCGGCGUCUUGCUUCUCUCUGUGAGCGAUCAGUGAUUUUGAGAAAGUGGAGCUUUGUGCAUCAGGGGGCCAUCCAAUUCAAAGGUCGACAUAUUGUGCAAACAAAAGCGGCAAUUAUCAAAGCCUCAAAGGUCUCUCGAAGCUUAUUUUUCUUUAAGGUGGCCGGAGACAAGAACAGCGACUAUACCGUAGCCAAGUAUCAGAACUCCAGGAUUUAAACUCAAGGGUGAGGCCUUCUUUUAUUUACCCAUUGGCUAUUUUGGGAAUAGGUGUUUUGGAAUGGAGAUCGGGACUGGCUCUUUUUGGCUAUGGUGUUUUGAAAGGAUGCAGGGGGUAAUUAUAUGUGGUGUUUAAGUGAAGUUGACAGAGUUCCUGUUAUCAUUUUUAUGUUGAAUCACGACCCUAUAUGGAAGCAAGGUCUGGAUGGUGAUCCACAAAGGGCCCUCUGUCAGUUCCGGUUUAUUAAACUGCCGAAACUUGAGGAUGAUAUCGGCACCCUAAGGGCUCGCCGUUUCAAAGUUCUGAAAACAGUAUUGGCACCGUAAGGCACCGCCACCGGAGCUUUGAAAGUAGUUUCGGCACCCUAAGGCACGCCGAGUCGAAGCUCAACGACAAUAUCGGCACCCUAAGGCACGCCGUGUCAGAGCAUGAUAUUGAUACCCUACGAUAUCGCUGGAGGCCUGCAUCAUUUGAGAACACCAAAGGAAAAGGUGCAGAUCGUUGAAAGUCUCACCCUCUUCCUUCUUGCUUUCUUCCUCUCCUCCGCUGCUCUCCCUCUGCUUCUUCCCGGUCUCCUGAUGCUGCUAUGUUCUAUAUUUUCGUCGUCCUUUUUUUUCUUUAUGCGGUGCUUUUUAUAUUGCACCGAUCAUGAGUUUGGUUUGUAUAAAACAUAGAGUUUUAGAGUUCAACUUGGAGUGAACUACUUGGGGAACUUGUAUUCCGUGAAGACUACAACUCUUGUAUUUUGUAGUUGCUUUGUAAUCUAUAUUUUGACAAAACAAGAAGUCUGACGUCUUGUAAAAAUCCAAUAGACCAGCUUAAUGACUCUUGUGCUUUUUCCUUU